AUGAAGCUUCAAAUAAGCCUGAAUGUGAUGCGUCGUUUUUUGCUUCUUAUUGCGUUCUUGUUCUGCAUUGCCCAUGUUGCAUGUUUGGAAGCCGCUGGUGUCCACAACUGGUCAUCCAUAUUUAACAAUAAUCCAUCAAAGAACUGGGUUAUCCUUGUCGCUGGUUCCAAUGGGUGGGUAAAUUAUCGAAAUCAAGCUGACGUUUUCCACGCCUAUCAAGUGGUGCGUAAAAACAAAGUUCCAGCGGAGAAUAUAAUUACUCUCGCCUACGACGAUAUUGCAAAACAUCGCAAAAAUCCGUUUAAAGGCAAAGUGUUCCAUGACUACGAGCACGAAGAUGUCUACAAGGGUGUAGUAAUUGAUUACCGUGGAAAAGAAGUCACACGGGACAACUUCGUGAGAGCAUUAAAAGGCGAUGAUAAACUUGAAGCCAACAAGAAGAAGGUGCUGAAAAGCGGUCCUGAUGACAACGUGUUCAUCUUCUACUCUGGCCAUGGUGCGGCUUCCGCUAUCUUCUUCCCCGAUGUAGUACUGUAUGCCAUGGAGUUGAACGAUACCCUGGCCUACAUGUAUUCGAAGAGAAUGUACAACAAACUGGUGCUGUACGUCGAUGCUUGCUCUUCGGGCUCUAUGUUUCGAGAUGUUCUCCCUUCAAAUAUGGGAACCAAAGAAGAUGAAAAAUCCUGGUCAAUGUUUUGCUAUGACAAGGAAAUCGAUGCCUGUCUAGCGAACGAAUACUCGUAUGCUUGGAUUACAGAUUCGGAAUACAGUGACCUCAAGAAGCGUACAUUGGAGCAACAAUACCAGGAGGUGAAAAAGAGGACGAAAGAUAGUCAUGUGAUGAAAUAUGGUGAACUGGCAAUAGGAAGUCUCCCUGUUGGAAAAUUCCAAGGACAUUAUGAUCUGCUGAUGCACCGGAAUAACGGAGCAAUAGCACCGAAUGUUGUAGAUAGAAAAAUUUCAUCUCGGGUACAUUUGUUCUCAAUGUCUCGAUGCACGAUGGAGGCUACAACCGAGGAAGAACAGGAAGCGGCUUGGCGGAAAUUGCACCGUGCACUUCAGGUCUAUGAGGUAGCUCACCACACAACACAUUUGAUGGAGCUAUGCAAAGCUGGAUACGAGGCUGAAACCCUCAUCGAGUAUAUCCUCAACGUCUGUUCCUAA